AUGGUGUUGUGGGUAGGAGGGGAAGCUCGGUACUUCAGACAGAACCUGUUGAAUCUGUCCUUCAGUUUGGGGCUUGACGUGAGCGCAGAUGCUGAGAAAGACAGGGGUAGACUAAGGAGCUUUGAUGAGCAAGAGUUUGAAGCUUUCAAGAGGAUAAAGAGAGAGCUUUUCAGAGACAUGCCUUAUCUGUUGAUCAUUGAUAAUCUUGAGAUAGAGAAAGAUUGGUGGGAAGGGAAAGAUCUGAAUGAUUUGAUUCCGAGGAACACUGGAGGGACACACGUCUUGAUCACUACAAGACUCCCUAAAGUCAUGACCUUUGACACGGUGCAGCUUUCUGUAUUGCCUUGUUCUGAUGCAAUGGUGUUACUGAGAGGAAGAAGAAAGAAAGAUUAUCCUCCUGAGGAGUUUGAGUUCCUCAAGAUUUUCGAAGAGAAGCUGGGACGGUUGAGCUAUGGUCUUUGUGUGGUAGGUUCAUUGCUUUCAGAGCUUGCGAUUCCUCCUUCUUCUCUCUUUGAAGCUGUGAACAAAGUUCAAGUCGAGGAACGUUCUGCGUCGCCUUUUCUAAACGAUGAGCAGCAAUACUGCAAAUCCAAUCCGUUCGUUGCAAAGGUCUUAGCUUUCUGCUUGGCUGUUUUGGAGCAAGCUGAAGGAAACAGAAACUUACUCUCGUUGAAAAUGCUGCUUGUGGGAGCUUGGUUCGCUCCGGUUCCUGUCCCGGUUAACUUGUUAGCUGCAGGAGCCAAGAACAUGCCCACAGGUGGGAACCGGUUUGGCAAAUGGAACAAAUGUUUGAGCCACACGUUUGCUUGGUGCGGUGGUUGUGGUCUAGGACGGAGAAGCGAAGAGGAUGCUGCGUUUUUGCUAGUCAGAUUAGGACUAGCGAGGAUAACUAACAGACAACCUGGAUGUUGGAUUCAGUUUCAUCCGAUAACUCAGACAUUUGCGAGGAGAAGAGACUACAUUCUUGCACCAAAGGCAACGGUUCAAGGCGUGAGGAAAAUCGAUAAACCGUUGCUGAAUCUUGACCACCUUUGGGCUUCAGCGUUCUUAGUGUUCGGUUUCAAAUCAGAGCCUCCUUUGGUGCAGCUACAAGCAAUGGAUAUGGUGCUUUACAUCAAGAGAACAGCUCUUCCUUUGGCAAUCACAGCUUUCACGACCUUCUCGAGGUGCAACUCCGCGCUGGAGCUUCUCAAAGUGUGCACCAACGUGUUGGAGGAAGUGGAGAAGUCGUUUGUGUCUCAGAUACAAGAUUGGCGCCAAGGCUCGCUCUGUUGGAAGAAGAAGACUAACAAGAAGGUGGAUGAGUACGUGUGGCAGGAUGUUACGUUGCUGAAAGCUUUGUUGCUAGAGACCAGAGCGAAGCUGCUGCUGCGAGGAGGGCAUUUCGAUAGCGGAGAGGAGCUUUGCAGGACUUGUAUCAGUAUCAGGACGGUGAUGCUUGGCCAUAACCAUGAUCUCACUUUGGCUGCUCAAGAAACACUUGCAAAGUUGGUUAGAAUGAGAAGCAAGAUUUGA